AGCAACAACUAGAAGGAAGAAAAAAAGGACAAAAACUCACUUUUUUGAUCUUCCUCUUGUUUUGUUUCUGUUUGGAUGGCAGAAUCGAGCGACUACCUCUUCCCUCCGGUUUCAGCUUGAAUAGCUCUCUUGUUUGAUUCUUCUUGGCAAAGGAAGGAAACAAAAAAAACAAAGCAAUCCAACUGACCAAGCAAAAAACCCCCCUCCAAAAAACCCCAAGGACACUCCUGACUCAUUCAGCUUAAAAGACAAUGCCGUCCAAUGCUUGCAUUCUCGGGACGUUUGUCUUCUUUAUGACCGCGUCGGGAUGUCUGACAAUCGCAGCGCUGCUGACCAAAGACUGGAUCCACCAAACAUACACGCUCCACGGUUUGGUCUAUCCCAACACGCCCGUCGCGGGCACAAACACAACCGUCCACCAGUACCAAGGCAUUGCGCAUGGCACCGCCGAAAGCCCCUGCAUUGUCUGGAUUGUUAACAACACUGGCGACGGCACCGAAGACUGCCCCUUCCUCGACCCCUCGCUCAUCAAGAGCGACGCCCAACGCUCCGUCUACGGUCUCAUGGUCUCGGGCAUUGUCUUUUGCUUCCUGUCGAUGAUCACUGGCCUCAUCACUUGCCGCAAGCCCUCAGCACUGCAGCCCACCAAGUCGUUCAUGUACUUGACAUUGGUGUGCUUGGUUGCUGCCUGCAUAGUCUUCCCCGUCAUGUUCAAGGACCCUCCGAUCAAUGGCUCGGCUUUCGACUACCCCAGCACCUGGGCCAUUGGCUUUUCGUACGCCAUUGCCGUUGUUGGCGCAGCCCUGGUGUUUGGCGGUCAAAUUGUCAUCAGCUGUUAUCAAGACGACGAGAUUGAAGUUUAAGCUCGUUCUCCCUCGUUUUUUUCGUCCGAUCCCCCCCCCUUUCGAUGUCCACUUUUUUUUGGCGCUUCUUUCCUGGGCCAACCAGCGUGCCAGUUUCUCGACAGGACUGCGAGAAGCUUUACACGAGACUGCGUGCCUGCAGUUCGUUGGUUCGUUUUUUUUUCUUUUCUUUUUUCCUUGUGAUUCCCCCCUUUUCAGUUUUUGUUUUCUGUCCGCUUCUCAUAGUUUUUUUGUUGUUGUGGAUGUGAUAAUUAUGAUGAUGCUGUGUUGUCUGCGAAUAUAUCGUUUUUCUGAG